UCUACGAGAGAAAAUCAAACCUACCGUAAAACUACAGGACCGUCUUGAUGUUCUUCGUCCGGAACUGUACCGGUAUGACCCAACCGGCAGGACAAGUCGAAACCGAAGCUCCCAAAUAUUCUUUGACGAGGUCAAAGAAACCAAUACGACCAUGAUGCUUUCUUCUGCAGCUCGAUCGCGUGGCUUAGUUCUCACCGCAGCCGCAGCUCUUUUCUUGGCGAAUGCUGCUGACGCCGCACAAGGCGGGGCUUGUCCGGCGGGACCGUCCUCGGCCGACGGAACUUGCCUGAACGUCAAUACCAACCUCGGAGAUGCCGACGACGUCGAUUGCGGUGUCUACAUGGCACCUUCUACCAUCGGUGACCAUUCGAACUUGGGUAUUUUCACGGCCAAAGCGAUGAAAAACGGAGAAAAGGUUCCCUACCCCGAAAUCAUCGUUCCGCUAUUGUGGAGAAUCUUUGGGGUAAGUAAACUACGUAUCGUAUGAAAAGUAGGACGGUUUAGUGGCGUGCGGAGAUGGAUGUCCGAAAACUAUGUCAUGUAUGUGAUGUGCAGACGAAAAUCGACCGAACCUGCUUCGCUAUGUGAAGUAAACUGACCCGAAUCUUACCAUGAUGUGCCGUGCCACUUGUCGACGACACUUUCCCCGCCUUGACAGGAACAUCCGGCAAAAUCCAUGACGGAUGGACAACUCUGGGAUCGUUACAUCUGGGAGCAAUACGUCGGCGAGGUCGAGGCCUUUGAGGACCUGGACAGGACCAACGAACGAGUGGCGUGCUUUAUCCCGGGCGUUGGAUGCACCGUGAACAGCAUGCUGGAACUCGGCAACAUCCACAGUGCCCAGGGAAGCCAGUUCGACGAGGUCGUCGACCGCACUAGUCCCGGAGCCGGGGCAUUCACGCCGUACCAUUCCACUCCAACGAUUAUCAAUGCUCCGGAAGGCUUUAAUGAUGGCGUUGAGCCGGGACAAGAGCUGUUCGCAACCUACGGCGACGAGUGGAUCCCAUGGAGUAAGUAGAAGAACUAAUCGAUCAAAACGGAGUUUCCACGAGAUUGAAGACCACCUAUUGUGCGGCAGGACUGCACUGACCACCUUGUGCGUCGUUUUUCUUUCCUUCCUGCGUGCUUGCCUCACGAAUCCAUGGCAUUGCAGUUCCUGGUGCGGCCGUGACCUUUUCGAAAAAUUUCAAAAAAGCCGACAAGCUCAUGGAGGAGUUUGAAGACUGGAUCGUGGAACACGAAGAAAAUCCCGCCACAAAGGACGAUGUUACGGACGAACUACUGGAGGACAUGUGGAAGGUCAUGAUCGAUUUUCCAAACGUCGGUCCCCGCCAAUGGGAAGAACUCUCGGUCUUGCCCAGAGAAUGGGACCGAGGCAGGCUGAAGGAACUGAAACACGUAAAAGAGCAGCAGAAGCGGAACCAAGAAACGACCUCGUCGCCAUUGCCGCUCCCCAACCCACCAUCGACCUCGACUCGCUACUGGGCAGACAAGGGCAAGGUUUCCUUAGAAUUUCUACGAGAGGAGGGCAAAUGCCAGGACCACAUACGCCCGGAUAUUUCCGAGAUUCCUCACGCCGGUAGGGGAGCCUUUGCUUCGAGGGACUUGCCGAAAGGAACCAUUGUUGGAUACGCUCCCUUGAUUCACGUUGGAACUCAUGGCAAAGACUUGUUCGAGAUCGUCUACAACGGCGAGAGCAAACACGGAAUGGAGCGAUUCGAAUAUCGCGACAUCGAAGACGAGGACGAAGUCGACGGGGACCUGGAAGAAAUGGCGGAGUCUGCCUCGAACCGUCAGAAUCGAUACACCAAGCAGGACCUCGUGUUGAACUACAGUUUUGGACACAAGAAUUCCACACUCCUUUUGACUCCGUACGGCGCCAUGGUGAACUACAUCAACCACAAGAGUGCGAAGGAUGGCGACGGCCCAAACGUGCGUGUUCAGUGGCCCACCAGAGAGUUUGUGGCGCACAAACCAGAAUGGCUAUCGGAGGACCUCAACUUUUUUAGGGAUUCUGUUGACAAAAUCGGCUUGUCGUUCGACUAUGUCGCCCUGCGCGACAUCAAGGAAGGAGAAGAAAUUACCAUGGACUACGGAGACGAAUGGGUGGGUAUUGAUUGUUUUUGCGUUCGCUUCGAGCUAGGAUCGAAUCGGUGCUGUUUUUGGUGAUGUUGCUAUUUUUUGCGUCCCUCGCCGUUGGUUUGCGUACCCGAUGCUGUUUCCUCGCUAUCUCUCAUUCUUCCCGUUGUUUGUCGAUCGCUCGAAAGGACCAAGCAUGGAAAGACCACGUUGCCAGCUGGACUCCUCCCGAAAAUGCGGAGGAGUACGUUCAUUCCUCGAAAUUCGAAACAGACUACCUCCGUACCCCGGACGAGCUUCUGGAAGAACCCUACCCGUGGAACCUGCACACCCUCUGUACCGAGUACUACACCAAGAAACCUGGCGAUUUGGAGAAUUCGUAUUCCAGUACGUUCGUGAGCGAUCGAGCCGAACAGCUCUUGCCCUGCCGCGUGCUGGAUCGGAUUUCCCUCGAGGACGACGACGAAGAAGAAGACUAUUUGUACACCGUGGAAAUCCAGACGUCCGAGAACAGCGUUGUCGUUGUACACGAUUACCCCCGCAGCGACAACGGCAUCCAGCUCUACGACAAGGCGUAUUCUCCGAUGUGGCACAUGAAAGAAGCCUUUCGGCACAAAAUUGCCGUCCCGGACGACGUGUUCCCCGAGAACUGGAUGACGAAACAGGAUUGAUUCUAACRGCAGCGGAUCGAUGGAAGUCAACCGAAUUCUCUCGGUCGGUGGUAGUCAGAAUCGCAAUGGAUAGAACAUACUACGGUCUAUUGAAAUCUUGAUAAUCAAACAUUACUACUAUUACGAGAACGAGUUUCGUAGUAGUUUCUAAAAAUUAGAGUUUCUUAUGAAAGAUUUUUAAAAUCAUUCAUUCGAAAUUUCUAUUCGACCCAUCUGACUGAAUCGAUUUGAAUCUCGAUGUCGGAGACUGCCGCUUUCUUCCAUCUACCAUAGCAACAUAGUACUAUACAUAGUUAAAGUAGACA